GUGUGUGUGUGCGCGCGGUGCUGUGUGUAGCUUCAUGAAUGUCUCUGACUCAUGUCCGGUCUUGGCUCUUUCAAACUAAGAGCGCUGCGCCAGCCGCUCACAACCGGCCGGUCUGCACAUCGACGGCUGUAAGACGAAGACACAGCCGCUGGGAAGCAUUUGGACCCCAGCUUUCCUUCUCCUACACCCCUGUAGCUUAACAUUAACUUUUAUCUGUGCUCUUCUGUCUCGUCCAGCGGCGGGAAACCACAAAAAUUAAAAUAAAAUGUCCGUUGUAGCCAGUACCAACGGUCGCUUCAUGUAUUUCGCCUUUGGAAGUAACUUGUUAAAGGAAAGACUGCAACUGGCAAACCCCUCAGCGAUAUUUUUAACCAUAGGCCGACUUAAGGACUAUAAGUUGAACUUUGGCCUGUGGGAGAAACAUGUGGACAACAUUUGGCAUGGUGGAGUGGCCACCAUCGAGACCUGUCCAGGGGCAGAAGUGUGGGGUGUAAUCUGGACUUUGAGCAACGAAAACCUGCCGAGCCUAGACAACCAGGAAGGGGUGAGUCUGGGAAAGUACUCUCCACUGGAAGUUUUGGUGGAGACUGACAAAGGACUCAUGCGCUGCAGAGCUUAUCAGAUGAACAACUUCCACGCCUGCCUUCCCUCUCCUCAGUACAAACAGGUGGUGUGUCUGGGUGCGGAGCAGAAUGGACUCCCGGUGGAGUACCUGAAGGGGCUGAAGGCCAUUGAGACCAACGACUACAGCGGACCCUCAGUCCUUGAUCAAAUCAGGACAGGCAUGAAGUAGAGACUGAAAAUUCACAUACUUGACUUUGGAAACAUCAGAUGACAAACCAACCUAAGAUCAAUUUAGGGGCUAUUUUAGAAGACUAAGAGUAGAAUAGAAAGCAAAAUAGAAUGGCUAAUAAGUUGAUAAAUUCACUUACAAGCUGUUUCUGUGGCUAUCAACCACAAUUCAGUCUCCAUGAUUAUAAUUAUGUAACUAAUAAGUGUAUAAGGAUACAAGACUGAGAUACAGUUCACAGACUGUGUAAAAGAAGAAAAAGGAUUGGACCUUGAGCUGAGAUACUUCUAAGGUCAAACUGACUCCGCUAUGAAAUUUAAUCGGCACUGUGUGGCCAGAAGUGAGUAAAGCAUACACUUAAUAAUGGGAUGUUUGGCUGGGCCCGACACAUACCUCAUCUUUUAUUUUGAGCUGCUAUUUAAUCAUUCAUGUAUUUUAUCUUAGAGCCAUCGCAUUGGAAGACGAAAAUCUUUGUGAAGGACAGAAAAACUGUUUCAUUACAGUAUUUCUCAGGGGAAUAUUAAACACUGAUGAAAUGCCCUCAAGACUUCACUCUUGUCAACAUUUAUUGUGACUUUUUAAAGGGGGAGUUCAGAUUGAUUUGAGGUUGUAUGAGGUACUUAUCCAAGCGUAUCCAAU